AUGGAGGCUGCAUAUGGAGGAAAGGAUCAACGAGAUUGUUCUUCUAGCAAGAAAGUUGUCUCUGAACAAACUUAUGAUUUCUCCACUAAUCAAGCCAAAUACGUGGAUAUUGAUCAGAUGCAUGGGGGGCAAGCCCCCUCCCCCUCCCCCCCCCCCCCCCCCCCCUCUCCUUCUUCCUUCUCUUUUUCUUCUCUGCGAACCCGGAACCCACUUCCGGUGAAAUCACCGCCGCCGGCCACACCACCGGCCAUUAGAGGAUCCUCUCUUCCUCCUUUUGUAUCCAAGCUCCUCUUGACUGGUGGAGGAAGAAUCGAAGGUGUUGAGAAGGACGUACUGAUCCCUCGAGCGAGGAGGACACAGGCAGGCAGCAGGGUUAGCUGCGAGACUCAUCAGUGAGUGGACUUUUGUUUUAUUUAAAUAAUGCAUGCAGCACAGUAUUAAAUUUAUAAUGGAUUAUUAUUUGAGUAAAUGUGGUUUUUGUGAAAAGAAAAGAAUUUAAAGAAAGGAGUUGGCAAGGAGGCUAGUUUCGGCGCAUGCGUACAUUACCUAGUCGGCAGUCCCCUCUAGGUAAUAGUCUGGUCGGCAGUCCCCUCCGGUGAGUCAUCUGGUCGGCAGUCCCCUCCAGAUGAUAUGAGGUAGUGAGUCGGCAGUCCCCUCUAACCACCACCUCCUAAAUCCGGUCGGCAGUCCCCUCCGAUGCGUCAUCUGGACGGCAGUCCCCUCUAGAUGGCAUGAGAUGACUAGACAGCAGUCCUCUCUAGUCAUCGAACGAUGUUUCUUGAAAUGAUGGUUUUCAAAGGAAUGAGUUGGAAUUGUUUUAUAAAUCUCGCUGCAUGUCGGUUUUUGUUAGCGAGAAAUGGGAAAGCAUUCAAGCAUUAAUUUCAUAAUUUAUUUUAGU